AUGGCCAAAAGACUGAAACGCACUCAAAAUGACCCCAAUGAGGAACUUAUCACAAUCAACUCUCGCAUUUGUGUUAAUCUGCCAACUCAUGGCAAAUUCUGCUUAAGGCAAUGUCAAAUCCCACUGCUUCGGCUUCGUUCCUGCCAAACACCUCAAAAGGUUACCCAAACUCCAGUUCACCACCUCGGUAUGGCCAUCCGUCUGUGGGUGGUAGGAACUACUAAAAUUAAACUGCGUUCCCAGUUUUCCCCACAGGCUCUUCCAGAAUUGACUGAUGAACUUGGUAUACGAUCUAAACUUCAGAACACUUACCUCUUCACGCCGAGGAAAGGGAUGAAGAGCCUUUGUUUCACCUCCAGCACGUCGUCGUCUUCCAUCAUGUCACCUUCAAGAACCUCGCUAUCCAGUACUCCUCGCCGUAGAUCCAUGAUCGAGACGACCAUCGACGCCGCCGCCACAAUCAUCAUGAAAUGGGAUGCGGAAGCGUCAGCUUACGCUGGAGUUUCUUCUCUUUUCCACGGAAGCAAAAGAGAAGUCAUGCAGUUCAUCAAAUCCGUCAACGAUCUACAAGAGAUCAUGCAUUUGCUGGUUUCUCAUCAAGUUUCCGAUCCCGAAACGCUCACUCAAGCUCAAAAUUUGAUGCAAAUCGCAAUGAAACGGCUUCAAAAAGAGUUUUACCAGAUUUUAUCGAUGAAUCGGGCUGAUUUGGAUCCGGAAUCUGUUUCUACCCGAAAAUCACGGACUUCCACGAGAAUUAGCACGUUGGAUUAUGAUGAUAACGGUUCACCGGACGAUGAGAUUCGCACCGUAGGUGAUUACAUCUCGGAAGAUGAUUCUUUUACAGCUAAAUCCGAUCUGAAAUUGAUAGCCGAUUGCAUGAUCGCUUCCGGUUACGCUAAAGAAUGCAUAAACAUUUACAAAACUAUUCGAAAAUCGAUCACCGAUAAAAAAUUGCCGAUGGAGAAAUUGAUCUGUAUUCUCGAUAUGUACAUUGCAGUUUCAGAGGACUGGCAAGCGAUUGAAACGAUCUUUUCUUUUGAAUCAGCUUCAUCCGUCCGAUUACAAGCUCUGAACUCUCUGGUUCGACUCAGUGAGUCAGUGCAUUCGUCGUUGACUGAUUUCGAAUCCAAAAUCCAAAAGGACUCGUCCAAAGCGAUGAUUCCAGGCGGCGGUCUGCAUCCUUUAACGAUAUACUCGAUGAAUUGCCUCACUCUCCUAGCCGAUUACAGAAACAUCCUCACUGAAAUUAUCUCGGACUGGCCACCGACGGCAAGAUCAUCGAUACCGGAACCGUUCCUCGAUAUUCAAGAUUCCGACGAGUCUCCGGCACCUGCAAUAUCCGUCCGGUUUGCGCGGCUAAUCCUCGUCCUACUCUGCAAACUCGACGGUAAGUCAAACCAUUACAAAGACGUCUCCCAAUCUUACUUAUUCCUAGCCAACAAUCUCCAACACAUAAUCUCUGGUGUCCGUACAUCGAAUCUCAUGUAUGUACUCGGCGAAGACUGGUUAGCGAAACAUGAAGCUAAGGUGAGGCAGUAUGCGGCGAAUUACGAGCGGUUAGCUUGGGGAAAAGUAUUCGAUUCCUUAUCGGAGAAUCCAACUGUUUCGAUGACCGAUGAAGAAACUAAAGAAUGUUUCAAGAAUUUUACUUCGAGCUUUGAAGACGCAUACAUUAAGCAGAGUUCUUCUGUGGUGCCCGAUCCGAAACUGCGAGACAAAAUCAAGCUUUCCAUCGGGACGAAGCUCGUUGGAGUGUACAGGGAGUUCCAUGAUACUCAUAAAUCAACAGUUAGAGAUGAAAGUAGAACGAAAUUUUUCGUCAGAUUUUCGCCCGAAGACGUAAGCGAUUACUUGUCGAAUCUGUUCUUUAUGACGAUGAAUUCGAAAAGUUCAUCUAUAUCUUCUUCAGGGUCAUCUCGUCAUCGGCGCUCACCAUUAAGAGCGUAGAAUUUUUCACUACUGGAUCUUAGAAAGAAAGCAGUAUGGCGAUUUUAUGUAACAGUCAAUAAU